GUUUUGAGUUAGUUAGUAGGUGGCUUUUUUUCCGGCAUUAGUUAAGCUUCACUCACAUGAAAAAGAGAGCCAAUUUUUUGGCCAUGUAGUGCUGCUGCAUCUGCACUGCUUGCGUCGCACUGCGUCCUAUAAAGCCCAAUUCCACUUUCCUCGCGUGCGACAGGGCUUCGCGCCAUGUGCCAGCGGUGAAUCUCCAAUUUGCUUGGCCCCUGUGCAGGGAGUGGUUUCCGCUCCUGAAAGAUUUAGGGUGACACACCUCGCACCCGACACCGACGGUGCCCGCGCGACGUGAAAAAUUCACCACCGCCAAUCCUGCCAUGGCAAUCAAAGCUCUCACCAGGCCCCUAUUUGGCCGUCCCGGCAACAACCUAUCCAGUGGCAUCGUCGGGCUUGCCAACGUGGGAAAAUCCACCUUUUUCCAGGCCAUCACCAGGAGCAAGCUGGGAAACCCUGCAAAUUACCCGUUCGCGACCAUAAAACCCGAGGAAGCUAUCGUAACCGUGCAUUCUCCCAAACUGGACAGGCUUGCAGAACUCUACCUUUCCCAGAAGAGUAUCCCCUCGGUGCUGAGGAUCUACGACAUUGCGGGCCUUAUCAAGGGCGCCUCUGACAAUAAAGGACUCGGAAAUGCUUUUCUGUCCGAUAUACGAGCCGUGGACGGCAUCUUCCAGGUGGUUCGCGGGUUCCGAGACGACGAGAUCACCCACGUAGAGGGCGACGUCGACCCUGCACGAGACCUCACCAUCGUCCAGGACGAGCUUCUCCUGAAAGAUAUGGAGUUUAUAGAGAAUUCGCUCGACCGCAUAGCAAAGCAGCUGAAAAACAAACGAAACCGGCCAGCAGACGAAGUGGCCCGCUGGGAGGCCCAUCAGCAGACACUGGCCAUUGCGUACGACCAUCUGAUGGAAGGCCGACGCAUUUUGGACAAGCCGGACUGGACUGAUGACCAGAUCGAGGCGCUCAAUAGCUACUCGUUGCUGACCGCCAAACCAACUGUUUUUUUGCUCAAUAGCAGCAAAAAUGACUAUUUGCGCGGCGAAAACGAGUUUCUGCCACAUGUGCAGGACUGGGUGCGCCACAACGCGCCCGAGUCACCUGUGAUUUUGUUUUCAGCCGAAUACGAAACAGAGGCCGUGGAAUCGGGCGGUCCUUCUGCUAUUCCCCUAAUUGUGGAACAGAUGCGCCAGGCGUUGCAUCUCAUCAGCUUUUACACGUGCGGCCCCAUAGAGGCCCGGCAGUGGACCGUACGCAGAGGAACGCUAUGUCCGCAAGCGGCAGGAGUGAUCCACUCAGAUUUCGAGCGCACUUUCAUCAAUGCAGAGGUAAUCAAGUACCGCGACGUGGAGCAGCUGCCGGCCCCGCUUAACGAGAAGUUGCUGCGCUCGUCGGGCAAGAUCGCUCGCGUGGGCAAGAACUAUGUCGUGGAGGAUGGCGACAUCAUGCGCAUCAACGCGGCUGCCGCAAAACGAUAAUUGCUGUAUAUACACUACACCAUGUCUCUUAGCGAAUUGUAGUGCUCUCCGAGCCCGAAAACGUGCUGGUAGUACACGAGCUUGAGCUCCGGCUGCUGGCCGUUCUCGUUCACGCGCAGAGGCGCCCGCCCACUCAUCAUCACGCUGAUCGGACAGUCGAACUCUCUAGCGAGAGCCAGGAUCUCGAGAUCACCCCCCCACAUGCUGGUGGAUUCCAGCUUGUCGGUAUACUCCUCCACGUUGCGCACCUCCAUCUUUUCCUCGUCAAACAGAAACGGCGCAAACGUGUCCGGGUCAUUUCGUAUCUGGUUGGCUGCACGCGUGCGCAGUUCCUGGACCGUCAUGGUGAUGUUGUGUCGCUGUUGCAGCUGGUCAGCAAUUGACGCAAAUAGACAAUGUCCGUCGGGCGUGAUGUUAUGCUGCACUAGUCUGGCCGCAGUGCACAAAUCGGCAAUGUUCUUGAGCUCCAGAUCUUUCAAAUUUGGCUGUGCAUUGGCUUCGUUCUCGGCCUCUUGCUGCAACUUUUUGAAUUCGGCCUCUCUCUUGGCUAGCCGUUCUUUUUGUCUAUUGCGCUUUUUCUUAGGCUCUGUCUUCACUGCUGGCUCUUUUUCUGCGGACGUUUCUGAGUCCAGAUUCAUCUGAGCCAGCAGCUGCUCGGGUGUGAUCUCCUCUGCCUCCUGGGCCUCUCCAGUCAGCUCCCGUAACUCUCGUUCGUGUCUGUCCUUUAGAUCCUGUUCCAUCUGUUCAAUCCGUCGCAGGACCUCCUUGCGCGUUGACUUGGUCGCCUGCUUGCGCAUUCCCGUCGUGGCGGCCACCAGAUCGCGCGUCUCUUUUU